UCCACAUUGUUUUUCAUGAAGUCACGUUAAAACUCCCACAGAUUUUCGUGGCUGUCAGACAGAAAACCAGGCGAGAGAUAAAACAUAACUAUGAAUUGGAUGCUGUGACAACAAUGCAUUGUCUCCAUAAACCUCUGCCCUAUUUAAUCUUUGGUGUUCUCUUUGGAUAUUUUACCUCGCUCUCUUCCCUUCUCCAAGUUUCUCCAGUGACCUGUAGGUGCAAGAACAUCUCUUCAUGUUAUGGACACUGUGUCACAUCCCAAGAGGGAGUCAGUGAAUUAGAUUGCUUUGGUAAACAUCUGGGCUUAAGUAGGAUCGGCUGGAAAUGUGUGUGGACACCUGUAAAACACCAAACACAAAGAUACACACUCUGUAUAGAACAGAAAACACAUAGCAAAAUGCAUGCAAACAUAUCGGAGACGUCUCAGAAUAUUCAUCUGUCCAAGAAGUUUAACAUGACAGCUCAUGUAUUUGACAAGAGUGAUUUGAAGAGCUGCACAAAGACUGUUUUCAGAGGUUCACCCCAACAAUUGGUUCGAUGCGGCCCCCCAUCUAAUGUACACUUGAAUCGACAUUCAAGACAGCUGGAUAUCCAGGCCUCCUGGAGGAAGGAGGAGACCAAAUAUAUCCCUCUUUACUCUGUGAGAUACAAGGAGCUGAACAGCUCGCAAUGGAAAGAGCCACCAGUGCAAUCCAAGGAUAGAAAUAGGUGCACUGUGGGUAAUCUUAACUCCUCACUGUCCUAUGAGGUGCAGAUAGAGUGUGUGGCCAACAACAAAUGUACCCAGUGCCCCUGGAGCGAGGUUUUCACAGUCCCACCCGAACUUACUGAUACGCCUGUCAUUGAGAUGGUAAAAGAUAGUCGUCCACAAACCAAAGGGAGGAGAUUAGUGAUCAUAAAAUGGAAGUUUGCAGCCAGUGAGUUAGCGGAGGGCUACAGUGUUUCCGUGGGGAAAGCCUCAGGAGAGGAUCCUAUUGAGACCUUCAACACCAGCAGGCACCUACUCAUAGUGACCCUGUCUCACUCAGCCUACCACCUCAAAAUCACAGCUCUCAACAGGGCUGGGACCUCACCUGCAGCACAGAGCACUAUACGGCCACUGGAUGACAAAGACUUAUAUGGGAAGCUGAAUCUGACAUUCAAUGGCAACACGUCCUUUACUGUCUCCUGGGUGGAUGACCUGAUCAAAACCUACUCCUGCUUCUCAGUGGAGUGGUGGACGAGAGGAAACAAAGCUGCUCACAAGUCCUUCUAUGAGGAUGAGAACAAUUAUGAAGUCAUACCAUUGCACGAGCCAUUAGAGCUGUAUAAGAGGUACACCUUCACUCUGCACACGAGGCCAGACAAAGAGCCCUGCAACCUGAAGUUCAUCAACAACAGCGAGAGCACCUACGGGAGCAUCCAGUCCUACUUCACUGAAGGAUCCCCAAUUAGCGCCCCAGGGAACAUCAGCAGCAGUAAUGUUACCCAGAGCUCCAUGGUGCUGGAGUGGACGUCAGUCCCUGAGAAGGACACCAGAGGUUUCCUGCUGGGCUACAUCCUCCAUUACACAGAGAGCCCGGAUGACAGGACAGACGCUGAGACAAACGUCACUGUGGAUGCUGGUUCAACCAGCUACGAGUUGGUGGACCUAAAAAGCAAUACUGUGUACCAAGUCCAGUUAUCUGCCUUCACUGCUGCAGGAAUGGGAGUGAGAAGCUCAGCCGUAUACUUCGAAACCAAGUCAACAGUAUCCCUGUCUAUUGGUGGUAUGAUAGCAGGGGUCGUUAUUGGAGCAACUUUACUCUUACUUGUGGUUAAUCUCGGCUCUUGGUUGUUAAAAAGAGCAAAGAGACUACUUUGGCCAAGUAUCCCUAAUCCUGGUAACAGCAAUGCCAUCCAGAAAAUAGAUGGGGUCUGCGAGCUGGAACUCCUGGAGCCCAUCAACAGACAGAAGUUAGAGGAAGAGGGGGACACCAACAGUCUGCACAUUAUUGACAGUAGAGAAGAAACGUCUCCCGUUAGCAACCUCCAUAGCAACACAGACUCAUGUCUACACCUCAACACAGACCACGAGGAGAAUCAAGAGCCUUCAAAGACAACCGCAGACUCUGCCGAGCCCACUAAAGUAGACCCUCAAAUCAACAUGGGCUUGUGCCGAAGAAACACAGCCACAGACAGUAGCGCUCAAGAUCCCACUUCUGACACCAUUAAACCUACCACAGACACAAGACCGACAGACCUUGUCCCCAUUAGUACGGUGGCCCACCAGUGCCCGCAGUUGUCCUUUAUGAGUGAUUACACGACCAUGGAACUCUUCCAACAGGCUAUGACACAAUGUGUUCCAGCCACUAUAUCAUUGGAACCCCAUGGCCAGUCAAGCCAGUCAGAGGACACAGACUCACCCCUGACCAGACCAGAGUUAGAUUACAUACACCAGUCCCUCUAUGACACUGUCCUCCACCUGUCCCAAGGCAGCACAAGUCCAACUGAGUUGUAUUACACGGUUCUUUGAGAAUGUUUACUGUAGAUUCUAGAAUCUGCCUUUCUCACAGAUGCUGUGGAACAAUUCUCAGCCUUUCAUCUAUGUAAAAAAGCCAGAUGCUGCCAUCAGUGUCACCCUGUUGACUAGCCUACUUAGAGUUCUGGACAUUAUUGGAUCGUCAUAACUUUGGAAUGAGAAACCUUUCAAUGACAUACAGGAACUUAAAAUGCUGUUAUCCUAUGAAUACGUGUAUUGAUAGCCUGCAGUGCGGUGGUCACAGAAUGUAUUGAGGGAUUGUUUGAGGAGCAGAAAUUUCCCAAUCGUUUUUUCAGAGACCAUUUUAUUCUCGGUUUAUGUAAACUGACAUAGUGAACCUGUACAACAUCAGAAAGAUGGACCCUCUAACAAAGACAUCAAUAUCAUCUAUAGCAGGCUUUUACCCCAUGUUUCAUAUGGAUUUGGUAAUGGAUUAAACAAAUACCAUCACAUGGCA